UUUUGCACAAUCGUAGACUGCGUCAGAUCCAAAUGAAUAAAUACAGUGUGUGUCCCACCCACCAUCACUCUCACUGCUCACCGACCACUGAGUCCUGUUAAACCAUGCUUCGCCUCGGCACCACACUCUUGCUGGCAGCAGCCUGUGUGCUCGUAAGUCCAGCUGUUUCCACAGAGACAGUUCUUACCUGUCAGGUUGAGACUGUCCAGCGCCUGAGCUGUGAUACUGGAGUGAUCAGUGUGCAGGAAGCACUGUAUGGACGCACAGACAGUGAGACCUGCAGUGAGGGAAAACCUCAGGCACAGCUUACCAAUACAGAUUGCGCACAAGAGGGCACAGUGGACGUCCUCAAGAGAAGGUGUGAUGGAAAAAGGGUGUGUGAAGUGAGCGUGAAUGUCUUUGGAUCACCCGAUCCCUGCAAAGGCACCUCCAAAUAUCUACAGAUCAAGUACAUCUGCCUCCCAGCAAUUCACCUUGUGACAUGUGAGCACUCUUUCGCAAACCUGCACUGUGAUGCUGGGCAGGUUAUAUCUGUCUACGGCACUGAUUAUGGACGCCACGACCAGACCACAUGCACUUACAAACGGCCUGCCUCUCAGAUCCAAAAUAGCGACUGCUCACAGCCGACCAGCAUCGUUUCUGACAACUGUGAUGGGAAAAACAGUUGCAGUAUCAAAGCAAGCAACUCAGUGUUUGGAGACCCCUGUGUCGGCACUUUCAAGUACCUGGAAGUGGCUUACGUUUGUGAAUAUCCUUCCAGCCCUCCAGAUGACACCCUGGAGCCAGUUCGGCAAGAUCAAGCCAUUGUUUUGUAUAUAAGGCAAAGACAGUUCCUCACUGGGCAGAAGAGAUACAGGUGUUUCUGUUUCUGCAUCCGUCAGUCCCUGUGUUCAGCUCAGACAGGAUCUUCUAACAUCAUGCUCUGCUACAGACUCAGCACCACACUGUUGCUGGCAGCGACAUGUUUGCUCAUGACAGCAGUUGUUUCCACGGAGAAAGUUGUCACCUGUGGCAGCUCCGGGAAUGUCCAGCGCCUGAGCUGUGAAUCUGGAGUGAUCGUUGUGCAGGCAGCACUGUAUGGGCGUGCAGACAAUGAGACCUGCAGUGAGGGAAGACCUCAGAAUCAGCUUGCCAACACACAGUGCGCUCAAAAGGGCACAGUGGAUGUCCUCAGAAGAAGGUGUGAUGGCAAGAGGGAGUGUGAACUGAACGUAAACCUUGUUCGUAACUCUAACCCCUGCCGUGGCAUCUACAAAUACCUGGAAACCACCUUCACCUGCUUCCCAGCAAUUCACUUUGCUGCCUGUGAGGGCUCUGUGGCACACCUCAAGUGUGAUGUAGGACAGGUUAUCUUUGUGUAUGGGGCUGACUAUGGACGCCGUGACCACACAACCUGCUCUUUCGGACGGCCUACAUCUCAGAUCCGAACAGUUGACUGCUCACGCCCCACUACCAUAGUUGCUGACAGCUGCAAUGGGAAAAACAGGUGCAGUAUCAACGUGAGCAACUCAGUGUUUGGAGACCCCUGUGGUGGCACUUACAAGUACCUGGAGGUGGCGUACAUAUGCGAAUAUCCUGGGGUCAUUCCAUAUCAGCCUCCAGUGCAUUAAUCAUUAACAUACUGGAAAUUCACUCAUAUCACAAUAAACAUGCAUUUGAUUGAA